UGCGUACUACAAAUUUAAAUACUAUUUUCAGGCACAGCUCAAAACCACCGCAAACGGCUUCUCCGCCACCAUUUUUGUGACCGUUAAAACACUUAUCUUAAGCUAAAGGCCUUUAUCUCCCUGAAUCACCACCGCAAGGUAUUUAAUCUUGCUUGGGAGCGUCAGCAAAAUUAUGCCCACAUGACGAUAAGCACUCUUGUUAGGUGAGAAGCUUAGGGAAAGUACUUAAAAUAUUGGAAAAGGGAGGUUAUAAUUGAGUUUAUCCGCCUAUGGAAGUUCGAGGAGCAAGACCAAAGGUUCGUGCCUUGACCCCAUUUAGGUUGGUAAGGGGUAUUGUGUGUUUACUGGUGUUGAUCCUAUCGGCAUUUAUGAUGCUUGUUUAUAUUGGCUUCAUUAGUGCUGUUAUACUUCGAAUUUUCAGUGUAUAUUAUAGCAGAAAAACGACAUCCUUUUUCUUUGGUGCUUGGCUUGCUUUGUGGCCUUCUCUUUUCGAAAAGAUUAACAAGACCAAAGUUAUUUUUUCUGGCGAAACGGUUCCUGCAAAGGAACGGGUUUUGCUUAUUGCAAACCAUAGAACAGAGGUUGACUGGAUGUACUUGUGGGACCUUGCUUGGCGGAAAGGAAGUUUGGGAUGCAUUAAGUAUGUCCUUAAGAGCAGUUUGAUGAAAUUACCUAUAUUUGGUUGGGGAUUCCACAUUCUGGAGUUCAUAUCUGUGGAGAGGAAGUGGGAGAUUGAUGAACCAAAUAUGCACCGAAUGCUUUCAAGUUUUAAGGAUCCAAAUGAUCCCCUUUGGCUUGCUCUGUUCCCCGAAGGAACUGAUUUCACUCAUCAGAAGUGUGAACGGAGUAAAAAAUAUGCAGCUGAAAAUGGCUUACCAAUCAUGAACAAUGUGCUCCUCCCUAAAACAAAGGGCUUCUACGCCUGCUUGGAAGAUCUGAGGAGCCGUCUGGAUGCAGUCUAUGAUGUUACCAUUGGUUAUAAACCACAAUGCCCAUCUUUGUUGGAUAACGUUUUUGGUGUAAAUCCUUCUGAAGUCCAUAUUCAUAUCAGGCGCAUUGCUCUCGAUGAUAUCCCACAUUCUGAAGAGGAAAUUACAGCUUGGUUGAUGAAUACAUUCCAGUUAAAGGACCAAUUACUUUCUGAUUUUUAUUCCAAAGGCCAUUUCCCGCACCAAGGUACUGAAGGGGAUCUCUCAACACUGAAGUGCUCUGUAAAUUUUGUGGCCGUAAUACUGUGGAUUAGCAUAUGUACGUAUUUCACGUUUUGCUCAUCGAUUUGGUUUAAAUUUUAUGUAUCUUUAGUAUGUUGUUAUCUGGCAUCUGCAACCUAUUUCAAUGUUCGUCCAGUGCCACUUCUUAGGCUUCUGAAAUGUCAGUAGGUUCUAAGCUUAUAAAAAUGCAGCUUACUGUAGUUUGAUUUGUUUACAAAUCUAUGUUAUAGAAUAAAGUUUCUGAAUUAUAGAAGCAUUUAUGGAAAUAGAAACGGAAUGCCGAAAUAUAGAACUCUACAAGUUUCCCGUGUAAA